AUGUCUUUCCACCAUAAGAAUUUGACUAAUCAUAGAAGCAAUGACGUUGCCGACAGAGAAGAAGUUUUGCAGUAUUUUAAUAAAAAAUAUACUUUUAAACCCCCCGAAUUUGGAUGGAAUUUACCAUUGGAGACUGAAAUGUUUAAAGAAGAUAAAUGGGAGCUUGAUAUUUUUAUUGAGUUGAAAGAAAAAUUAAAUGAAGUGAAAAACAAAUUAAAUAAUUAUAAUUUGGAUGAUUGGCAUAAACAUACAAGAGCAAUGAAUAAAGCAGGAAAUCUAUUAUGGACUGUUAAAAAGACUAUCGCACCUGAAUUUGUUACUCAGGCGUGGCUUAAAUUUUAUGAAAUCUGUUGUUGUUAUGAUUUUGUAAGCAAAUCUGCUCAAGAAGCAUAUUAUUUAAAUUCAGUACAUUUAUGUGAAGCUCCUGGUGCAUUCAUAACAUCACUUAAUCAUUAUUUAAAACUCAAUCAUCCUGAUUUAAAGUGGGAUUGGAUUUCGACCACUCUUAAUCCUUAUCACGAAGAAAAUCCCUUAUCGAUAAUGAUUAACGAUGACAGAUUUAUUUUACACACUUUGGAUCAUUGGAAAUUUGGCGAAGACAAUACUGGAAAUUUGAUGGAUUUAAAUAACAUGACAAAUUUGGUUAAAGAAGCUGAAAACAUGGGACCUGUUUUAAUGGUCACUGCCGACGGAAGUAUCGAUUGUCAAAAUAAUCCUGGAGAACAAGAAAGUAUUGUUUCAUGUUUGGUUUACUGUGAAAUUGUUUGUGCACUCCAUAUUUUAGCCAAAGGAGGAAAUUUUGUCGUUAAAAUGUUCACAAUGUACGAAGAGCAAACAAUUUGUUUGAUGUAUUUAUUGGUGUGUUCUUUUGAAUACGUACACGUAUUUAAACCUGCUUCGAGUAAAGAAGGAAAUUCGGAAAAUUAUGUGAUUUGUUUAAAUUAUGUCGGACCCGAUUCCAUGAAACCAUGGCUUCGUAAAUUGAAGGCUUAUUAUUCCGAGGAACGACCUAAUAAAUCCAUGUUUCGUUUAAGUGAUAUUCCUAAAGACUUUUUCGAUCAAUUAUAUGAAUGCACAAAAAUAUUUAAAAACUAUCAGGUGGAAGUGAUUGAAAGAAAUAUUUAUUUAUUUGAAUCGAUAAAUAAUCAGCAGUCGAUAAAUAGAACUAAACGUUUAAGAUACGCAUUGGCCGACGAAUACAUCAAAAGGUACAAUUUGAGACCUUUAAAUUCAAAAGAAGAUGAAAUUGUUGGCGAAGACAAAAGGUGGGAAGAAGGUUCGUUUAAUGAUAAAAUUGAAAGAGAAAAAAUGCCGCCGGUUGUCAAAGUUAGAAAUUUACAUCAAAACGUUCAAAAAAUGUCGAUUCGAUGGGAAUACGAUGAAGAAAUUAAAUGGAUGGAGUUUCAAACUUUUUAUACUCCAAAAUCGAAUGCUGUGACUCCUGCCAAAGAAUUAAGUCCCGAAUUAAAACGUAUUAUUCAAAAAUCAUUUUCUUUGACGGAUCCCCGUGUGAGAGUUUUGAAUUACGAGGAUCAAUUAUGGAAUUCGUUGGAAAGUGGUCAGAACGAAUGUUGCGAAAGCAACGUUUUAUUCGAUAUAAUGGAUGAAAUGGAAGAAAAAAUGUGGAGGGGAUACAGUUUAAUUAUUCAGGGUUAUCCGAUGCUUACUCAAUUUACAGCCGGAGUCAUAUAUUUGAUGGGACAUCUUUUCGAAAAGGUCGGUUUUGUUCGUCCUUCUGGUCAACACGUAGCUGUGAUAUUUCGCGAAUACCGAUGCACAAAUCACAUAAUGAAUAAUUUCGUACGCGAAUUGGACUCUCAAGUCGACAAAUUGGACAGAAAUAAAGAAAAGUCGGUGUUGUCAUUGAUUCCGAUAGGAGAACUCAUAUAUAAGAUGAAAAUACAAAAGGCCGAAUUUGAACGCCAAAGGAGUCGAGCUCGUGUAAUAACAUUGAGAACCUCUUUGAAAAUGGCACGUAUGGUCAUAACGAGUUUUAUUCUUGCGUGA